UCCUUUGGUUGCCCUGGAGGGUCAGGGACCUGGGCAGGGGGGUCUGGGACCCCAGCCCAGAGCCCAGAGCUCAGAGAGACACUGGAUUUGAUUUCAGUCCAUGGGAGAGGCUUCUUGCACUGCAGGAAGCAUUGCAGGCCACAAGAGUGUAAAAAUAGUAGUUUAGUAUAUCACAGGGUGAAAAAACAGUGAGUUUGGGAUUCUUGGCAUUGAAGUGAAUGGGGCAAGAUGGAGAAUUUAGGGCGUUGUCCCUUUCUUCUUCCUUCUUGUUCCCUCACUCCAUUUCUGCAGUGACGUUGGCACAAAGUAGUUAGUGAGGAUUAGGUCAGAGUAAAGAUGACCUUUUUAGUAAUAGUGAUAGACAUUGGUAAGAAAUAGUAAAUAAAGAAUACGUAGCAAUUAGUAUAAAAGAUAAGGACAACCCAGAGACGGGGGGAGUCACCAGAUGUCCGAGCCGCGGCAAACAUCUUUUGGACACUGAGAAAAUUGUAAGAUAAGAACUAAUAAACGAAGCAUGUAACCUUGAAGACUCCGUCUUUUCCUGCGUUUGGCACAGAGCUUUGCAGAGGGCCAGAACUCUAAGACCACCUGAAUGCCGGGGAAUUUAAGCUCCUAAAAAGGAGCCCCCGACAAAUGGCGUCCCUGAGUGCGCAGAAAUUUCUGGCAUCCCUGAGAGUGGACAGAAACAAAUGGCGUCCCUGGGAUGGGCAGAAACAACUGCCGUCCCUGAGAUGGGACAGAAACAACUGGCACCUCAGAUGGGACAGAAGCCACAGGCGUCUCUGGUCAGGCAGCCACAGGCGUCUCUGGAUGCACGACAUCUGGCAUCCCUGAAGGAGAAAAAUAAGACCUCUGCAGCAACAUCAAAGCUCUCAGAAGAUCAAAGCCAAACGAAGACAACUCCGGAGAAGAAACACCUAUCUGGCCAAGAAGAAGAAGAACAGCUCGUUUUCAAUUCGUCCCAGACGACGGUUUUCCAAAGGGCCCUGGAACCCGUCACCCUGAGAUCUGCGGGCAGUGAUCAGGACACCCUGAGACGGAAUGGACACAGCUGCAGCAAGCCUUUCGGCUUUGCAGUUGGACUGGCAGCAAAGCACGUGAAAUCAUACCGAGUCCAGAAAACAGAGACAGACCACAAGACUGGAGGAAGAGAAGUGGGCAAGCAGACGGAAGCCGGUGUCAAGACAGCAGACAUCCCUUCGUUCUACGUGCAAAAGAGACUUUGGGACUUGAGUUUUCUUUGGGGCUUGGGUGGUGUUGCAUUUUUAGGGAUUCCCAGGGAAAAGAGGGCAUUGGAAAUGAAAGAACUAUCCUUGUGCCUCAUUCUCUCCUUGGUUGCCUUGAGCAGUACGGCAGUUUUGCCCGCGGCUCAACCAAAAGAGAAUGUUUGGGAAACUCUAGGCAAUGCAUCAGGUUUGAACACCAUCUGCCUGACACACUCAAAGCCAGGGAAAACCUUUUUCAACAUGUUUGGUGGAGUUGCCAGUGAGCAAAUGACCGAUUCCUGAAAACAUCCCUCCAGUGAUUUCAAAGUCCAUUGUAAAUUCAGUGGACCAAUGGGGUGUUUGGAUGAAAUUCCUUCCUGUGGCUCCUUUUGAACCCCAGGAACUGGAAAUUCUUGGGUCAGUCCAAAUGCAAUUCUGUGUGAAAUUUGGCCUUUCCGGAGUGACAAAAAAUAAAGCUACAGACGUCACUCCAGACAUCAAUUUUUACAGAAAUUCAUCAUCUUGGUGUAAUUACACUAAGAUGCUGAAGAAACCAUCCAAUCAUGUUCCAGCUCAGUUGCCGAGGGGAAAUUUUUUCAUUUGUGGGGACAAAAUCUGGCCCACAAUCCUGGCAAACGCCACAGGUGAUCCUUGCAGCAUUGGGAUGCUUUCAUUGCUAACACCCGACAUGGCAUUGAUGAGAAAACUAAAACAGAGAGGGAAAAGAUCGAGUUCAAAUGUAUGAUCCAAGUUGUGGUGAUGAGGUUCACAUAUGGAGCAAGGCUCAGAGAAUUGCAGUUGCAAUUUUUGCACCACAGGCAGCAUCAGGAGCAGCCUUGACACAAUUAGAUCAAGUGGGUUGUUAGCUGAGCAAACAUGCCUGAGCCAUCUCUCUUGCACUGAGUGACAUGUUGUUAGACAUUGACAGUGUAAGACGAGCAAGUCUCCAAAACAGAGCAGCGACUGAUGAUCUUUUGCUGACCCAUGGGCAUGGGUGCGAGGAAUUUGAGGGAAUGUGCUGCAUGAAUUUUUCAGAUCAUUCCAAAUUCAUUCAUGAGAACAUCAGGCAAUUGCAGGAGAAUGUGAACAAACUUGAAGAAGCAACUGAGUCAUGGAUGGAUAGAGUUUUCAAUUUGUUUAACCUUUCACCAUUGUGGAAGGAAAUUUUGAAGAUAGUUAUAUAUAUUUUAGUAGGGCUUGUAAUCCUUCUCAUGAUUUUGCCGUGUUUGUUUCCAUGCAUACGGCAAACCAUGGACAGAAUGGCCAAGGAGGUGUUCUUGGUUCAAACAGGAGGGGGAGAUGUUAGAGUCCAGGGCAUUCCUUUGGUUGCCCUGGAGGGUCAGGGACCUGGGCAGGGGGGUCUGGGACCCCAGCCUAGAGCCCAGAGCUCAGAGAGACACUGGAUUUGAUUUCAGUCCAUGGGAGAGGCUUCUUGCACUGCAGGAAGCAUUGCAGGCCACAAGAGUGUAAAAAUAGUAGUUUAGUAUAUCACAGGGUGAAAAAACAGUGAGUUUGGGAUUCUUGGCAUUGAAGUGAAUGGGGCAAGAUGGAGAAUUUAGGGCGUUGUCCCUUUCUUCUUCCUUCUUGUUCCCUCACUCCAUUUCUGCAGUGACGUUGGCACAAAGUAGUUAGUGAGGAUUAGGUCAGAGUAAAGAUGACCUUUUUAGUAAUAGUGAUAGACAUUGGUAAGAAAUAGUAAAUAAAGAAUACGUAGCAAUUAGUAUAAAAGAUAAGGACAACCCAGAGACGGGGGGAGUCACCAGAUGUCCGAGCCACGGCAAACAUCUUUUGGACACUGAGAAAAUUGUAAGAUAAGAACUAAUAAACAAAGCAUGUAACCUUGAA